AUGCAGGCAGCUAUGAGUGGUAUGGGCUCGCUUGCGGGUUAUAGUUUUACCCAGUUAACUCCAACCCAACUUGCUACCCCUUAUGCUGUGGCAACGUCGUCUACGGCAGCAACAACAACAGCUUCUGUGCAUCAACAAUCGGUUGGUUCAUCAUCAACCACUACAGCUGUUGUGUAUCCUGAUGAUAUAGCCAUGAAAAAUGAUUUACCAGGUUGCAGUUCGGUAACAUCCCUGCAGUCGGAAAGUAUUAACGAUGCAUCAACUUAUGAUGCUUAUACAACUAGUGAAAGCAAUCAUGAAAUGGAAGCAUGUACAUCAUCUAUACGUUCGAGUGCUAGUCCUAGAAGUCAAGAAGAGCAUGUUUUCAUGGGUCCAUUCUCUGGUGAUAGUUAUGAUGCACUGGAACAGGAGAAGAAGAAGCUGGAAAGAAAGAGAGCACGUAACCGUCUGGCGGCAUCAAAAUGUAGGCAGAAGAAACUGCAAAAAAUAAAUGAUCUCGAGAAACAGGUGGAGGAAGAGAAGCUUAGAGCGAGUCGUUUGAAUGAGGAUCUUAAACUUUUGGAAACAUCUAUUGCUCAGCUAAGGCAACUGCUUCAGGAACAUCAUAACAACGGCUGUCCUGUAUCUGCUAAAGUGAUCUCAACAUAA